AAGCCCCCCUCUGAAUCCCUCACAGUUUCUUCCACUCCCUUCAGUUCAAGUUUUGAUUUUUAAGAGAGAGAGAGAGAGAGAGAAGAUGAGGGAGAUCAUAAGCAUUCAUAUUGGGCAGGCUGGGAUUCAGGUGGGGAAUUCAUGCUGGGAGCUCUAUUGUCUUGAGCAUGGAAUUCAGCCUGAUGGUCAGAUGCCUAGUGACAACACCAUAGGGGUCGGAAGGGAUGCUUUCAAUACCUUCUUCAGUGAGACUGGAUCAGGCAAGCAUGUUCCCAGGGCCAUAUUUGUUGAUCUGGAACCAACUGUUAUUGAUGAAGUUAGAUGCGGUUCUUACCGCCAACUAUUCCACCCCGAGCAGCUCAUUUCUGGUAAAGAGGAUGCUGCUAAUAACUUUGCAAGAGGACAUUAUACAGUUGGGAAGGAAAUUGUGGAUCUCUGCCUUGAUCGAGUUAGGAAAUUGGCUGAUAAUUGCACUGGUUUACAAGGGUUUUUGGUGUUCAAUGCUGUUGGUGGAGGCACUGGUUCUGGUCUGGGGUCCUUGUUGUUAGAACGCUUGUCUGUGGAUUAUGGGAAAAAAUCAAAGCUUGGAUUCACCAUCUAUCCUUCUCCCCAGGUUUCAACAGCAGUUGUCGAGCCUUACAACAGUGUUCUUUCUACUCAUGCACUCCUUGAACAUACAGAUGUAUCUGUGCUCUUGGACAAUGAAGCAAUCUACGACAUUUGCAGAAGAUCUAUAGACAUUGAGAGACCAACUUAUACUAAUUUGAACAGAUUGAUAUCACAAGUCAUUUCAUCCUUGACAACAUCGUUGAGGUUUGAUGGAGCCAUCAAUGUAGAUAUCACAGAGUUCCAGACUAACCUUGUACCAUAUCCUCGUAUCCAUUUUAUGCUCUCCUCAUAUGCUCCUGUUAUCUCAGCUGCAAAGGCAUACCAUGAGCAGAUCUCUGUUCCUGAGAUCACCAAUGCAGUUUUUGAGCCCUCAAGCAUGAUGGCAAAGUGUGACCCUAGGCACGGCAAGUACAUGGCGUGCUGCUUAAUGUACAGGGGAGAUGUUGUUCCCAAGGAUGUUAAUGCUGCUGUAGCAACAAUCAAAACAAAAAGGACUGUACAAUUUGUUGACUGGUGCCCGACUGGCUUCAAAUGUGGUAUUAACUAUCAACCUCCAACAGUUGUACCUGGGGGUGAUCUUGCUAAGGUGCAGCGAGCAGUAUGCAUGAUCAGCAACAACACUGCAGUGGCAGAGGUAUUCUCACGCAUUGACCACAAGUUUGAUCUCAUGUACUCAAAGAGGGCAUUUGUUCACUGGUAUGUUGGUGAAGGCAUGGAAGAAGGUGAAUUCUCAGAAGCCCGUGAAGAUCUUGCCGCUCUUGAGAAAGAUUAUGAGGAAGUUGGUGCUGAAGGUGUAGAUGAUGAAGAGGGGGGAAGUGAAGAUUACUGAAGUUGAUAUGCAAAUGGUCAUCCAUCUCCUACUUUAUCUCUGUUGUUCCUUCUGUUUUGUGUAGUACAAUGAUUGCAACAUCUGCUGAGAUAUUGUCACAAGAACUAUGUCAUUAUGUCUUUAUUUUUUGUGGUUGCGUGAACAUGGAGUGACAUUUUAAGAA